GACUUCCCACAGUGAGUGGCGGGAAAGGAACUGCUCGGCAUUGCAGAGGAAAGGAAUCGCUCAGCAUGAUCCAGCUAUUCCAGGUCAUUUACUAUUAGUAUUACUUGUACUAGUGGUAGACGUAGUCUUAGACUUUGCAUAUCACUUAUCAGUAGGUUGUGAGUCAGCCGUCAUUCAUCGGAAGAAUCGUAAGCGCUACAAGUCUGUGUCUGUGAGUUGUUCUCCUUUGAGAUGGAGGCGCAACCCAAAAUUGUGGCCAAGAGUGCGGCAGAGCUCAAAGACGGUGAUCAUGUGUUUGUGCGCCGUUUCAAGUGGCAAACGAAGACUGCCAAUGCAGACGGGACUGUCCGGUACCGAUAUUCUCAUCAUGGAAUUUAUGAUGCAGUGAACAAGAAAGUCAUUCAGUUCGGACGACCAUCGAAGGAAAGGCCUCAAAAGAGAGACGUGACGCCACUCUUUCUACCUGGAGGUGUUAGACGCAGGGCGAGGGAGGUGGUCAUGAAGGGCUUGGGAGGAUUUUCUUCGCUGUUCUCAUCCCAAAUCAUUCACCAUGAUCUGGGCACGUUCAUGCAGUAUCGAGAUAAGAAAGUGCUGGUAUACUCCUACUUAGGGGAAACCCCUAAUCAGGAACAUCCAGCAGAGGACCCCUAUGGCAUUGAUGGCAUAUCACCAGACUACGAACGGAACAAGUCAGUUGAGCUGCGGGGACAGGAUGCUCCACGUUCACAUGCUGCCGACAUCGCACGCUGGUUACUCAAAAACCAACCGCACUUGUUCAGCAGUUACCACAUCUUCAAGAGCAACUGUGAGCAUUUCGCCACUCUGUGUAAGACUUGCCGCAUAGAUACUAUGGAAGAGCUGGUAGAGAUAUGCAAGACAGAGUCCGUGAACGGAAUAAUGAAAAUGAACGACUGGACAAAGUACAGUCUAUGCCGCAGCUUGCAAUCAGAGCGGUACAUGCGUGGCGCAAGAGGACUGCGUAGCGUUACAGGCAAUGACAAAUGGAUCACGGAUGCAGGUGAUGAGGCUGCGAAGGCUGCAACCAGUGAUGAGCAGGCAGUUGCUGAAUUCACAGCAUGCAGAGACGAUGAGGAGGCGGCUUUGAUACGCCGCUGUGAAGCUGAGGAUUGUGAAAUCGAAGAGUGUGGACUGGAAGAUGAAUACGAUUCUUGAAAUGAAUCCCUCUCAUCCUUUUGUCCCCCCCCCCCCCCCCCUCCCACUUCCGAACACCUUUUUGCUAAGCCACUGGCUGUAGUGUGGGCAUGCAAUGAACAGCCUGUGAUAUAUAUUUGUCGGACAAGCACUUUCUGCAAACCUGUAGGCUGCAGGCAACCAGCCAUCUGUGACUACCGUUUACACAGCCACUCUUCUUAUCCAGAUACUCCCAUUUUGCCUCUCCAUUUUUCUUUCUUUUAAUCUCUUUUAAUCUCUUUACCUACAUUCUAUCCCGUUCUUAAGUGAAUUGUUAAAACGGUUUCUUUUUUUCCUAAUUUGGUACGCAGGAUUGACAGCAAAACCGAGACCUGAAGGUCGUUGGAGUCAUUCCUGUCUCGUCAACACGCUGCAGUCUAUGCAUGGUUUCAUGUUCUGGAGUCAUUCCUGUCUCGUCAACACGCUGCAGUGUAUGCAUGGUUUCAUGUUCUAGAGUAAUUCCUGUCUCGUCAACACGCUGCAGUGUAUGCAUGGUUUCAUGUUCUGGAGUCAUUCCUGUCUCGUCAACACGCUGCAGUGUAUGCAUGGUUUCAUGUUCUGGAGUUAUUCCUGUCUCGUCAA